AUGUGGUGCUCUCUUCUUAAUACAGCAAAUGUCAGUGUUAUUUGUGAAGACUAUAGCAACAGCACUGACCUGAACAUCACAGGAAAUCCUUGCAAUUACACCAUUCUUGAUUACAUAUGUAAUAAAGUUGACAACCUUAAUGCAAGUAUCUUGGCUACUCUGAUUAACUGCCUAGUGAAUGGUUCAGUGAGCUACACAAAAGAAGAACUGCAAGCAUUAUUUCAAAAAACCUCAGGAAUUCUGGAUGCUGCCCUAUUGCUUAAUCGCACGAUGCCAAUGAUUCCAUCACAGGAUGAGAGUACGGCACCUCAAACAGACAUCUUAGACACAAUUUUCGAGAUCAAAAUAAGCAACUUCAGCAGCAGCAACUUGUCAAAUGUGAACUUCAUCAUGCAGCUAUUUUCACAGGAGCUGAUGCCAUUUCUACCCUUCGCAUCACCUGAUUUCUUAGCUUGUCUCAGCACUGAAAAUUUUACCUGCAACUCCUACCAGGAAAUAAUCAAGGACUUUGGUGCUGCAAUUCCCUACUUGACAGAUGCUCUACAAACAAACGUGUCUACCAUUUUUAUGAAACAAUUCAUGUCUACACACCUCACUUCAGGAUCAUUUUGUAUUAGCAGCACAAGUAACAGAGACUGGCUUCUCAAGAACUUUGGCAGUUUUAUCACACAGUUUCCAUACAGUAGCCUUACUGCUCUUAACAGCAAUUUCUCAGGGAUAAAUGCACUGGAUCUUCUAGAUAUACAUCAGAUAGUAGAUGUAGUUUUUGACCCCAAAGUUGGUGCCCUGAACAAUUCUGCAGUUAUGAAUCAGAUUUUUAACAGGGUGCAGAACACUUCAAAUUCAACUGACUCACUGAAUGUGUUUAUGCAGGCUUUUGCCUUCCGCCUAUUUAUGAAUAACGUAACAGUGAUCAACAACACCAAUGUGGGACAAGUAAUUUUAAACAGAACUUUACAAAUUUACUUACCGAUACUACAAAGCAAUGGUUCCGAAACAGCACCAUUGGAAAUUGCACUUAUGUUCCUGCAGCCCAGUAUAAUCGCCAACAAUUUAGCAGCUAUUCCACAAAACAUCAGCUGUAGCAACUUUCAAAUGAUAAUGCAAACUCUCAGUAACAGCUCUGGAUCUCUGUCACAAGUACAAUCCCAAGCAAUCGCACAGUUUGGAAUUAAUUUUUUGACAGCUAAACGUCAAGCAGAUCCAACACAGCUACCAUGCAGCACCAAUCAAAAUCCUCAGAAUUACCUGCAGAACAACUUUAAUAACUUUUCCAGUUUACUCAAUUUCAACCAACUCUUUUCCUUUGUUCAAGUACAAAAGUUAACAGCGAACUCUGACAUCGUAUCACCUAAAAACCUUGCAAGUUUUAUCAGUAAUGCUGGUGUUAUUAAUAACGCAACCCUGUUUGCUACAGUAUUAAACUACACGAAUGUGGCUACUUUUAUAACGGACCUUAACUCAUUACCAGCAAUGGCAAACCUAUCUAGUAGCACCAAAGCAACAAUUCUGAAUGCCAUUUGGCCUUCUAUACUAAACAGCAAUGCUGAUGACUUCCGUCAAUGGAUUGGUCCAAGACUGCAACCAUACUUUGCUUAUCUGACUCCAAGUCUCUUAAACGCCACACUAACUGGAGACUGUUCCCAGUUCAGAAUCAUAAUUCAACAACUUGAGAUCAACAGACUGAACAAUACCCAAAUGAGUCAGCUCUAUACAACCAUUAAGGGUGCCCUUACAUCAGGAACAACACCAAGAUGCUACAAUUCCAGUAAUCCAACAUUGAGCUCUACAGCUUGGUUUGCAGAUUAUCUUGGCCCAUUUAUACCUUUCACAAGCCAAACAGAUCUGCAGUCCUUUGCUCCAAAUGCACAACUACAACUUUUUUCACUUGACCCAACUGCUUUGAACUUCUUCAACACCUCUGUUGGAACCCUAUCUAAUGGACUCCUGACUUUUUAUACAUCUUUACUAUUUUCAAAUUCCAAUUUUACCCUGUCACAGGUUCCUGGACCUCUACUAUGCUAUGUUCCAAGCUCCCAAUUUAGCACUCUAAGUCAGAAUGAUGCUUUACAAUAUGCCCAACAACUGAAUGCUGCCUGUGGCACGGCUCCUGCUUCGAUAUCUGCAUCCUUGGCUCAAAACAUUCAAAAUGUAACUUCAAGCGCCAUAGCUAUCCUUGGAAAUCAAAGCUCUGGGUUAUCCCAAGCCCAGCUUCAAUCAUUGUCCCCAGAUGUUGCCAUCCAGGCACUUUCAACCUUAAGUCAAGUGUCAGACUGGAACCGAGGGCAGGCUAAUCAACUGAUCAGCACAUUGAUCAAGGGUAAUUUUCAGGUUGACAAUGCCACUAACCUGCUGUCACUAGGAAGUUUAGUACAAGGUUUACCUUCCAGUGCAGUUAAGAAAAUUAGCCCUGCUGUAGCCUUGAAUGCUGGGAAGAACCCCGCUUUUGUGGCAAAUAUGCUGGCUGCUCCCUCAUCAGUGCAGAUAAUCUUUAUUAAUCAGAUUAUCAGUGCAAACCAAAGCAACAUUCUUCAAAAUGUUCCUGAUUCAAUGAGCAAUUUAAUUCCAAUGACUUUGCUGACUUUCUCCAAGAAUUCAUUUGACGCUGCACAAGUGGAUAAUAUCAAUAAGAAAAACUGGUCACCCGAUCAGGCCGCCAUGUUUUUUACUAACCUGAUAAGCAGCUAUACAAAUUACAGCAGUCUUUCAGCAAACGUUCUUCAAGGAUUCAGCAGUACUACAAUCCAGGGCACGUCCCCAAGUCAAGUGGUUGAGAUUGUGAAGGCAUGUAAAACGCAAAAUGCGGUGCUGAAAGAAGAUCAGCUGAUGUCCAUGGUUUACUAUGUGAAUUUAGCAGGAAGCAUACAAAAUUUUACCAGCUUUCCACCAAACAUGCUGCUGUAUUACAAAUAUACAUAUGUACAAAACAACUGCGAAGCAUACUUUGAACAAGUUGGCAAUGCAAACUUCGCUGUUAUUUCUCCUUCACUGACCAUCGCAUCAACACUUCUAUCUGAAGCUUUAGCUUGCCUGAAUAUUACAGGUAACAACAUCAGCAGUGCAAAUCUGAAUAUUUUGAACAACAUGGUGUGUCUGUUAAGUGGCCCUUACAUUGAAAAUUCAGACACCAGCAUCACUGAAAAGUUGAAACUUUGCAGUACAUUAACAGCAAGCCAAGUCACUUCCUUGGAGAAUGUACUUUUAAAUGGCUCAACCCAAUACGGAAAUCCUUCAACCUGGACGCUAACCACAUUGCAAAAUCUUGGCCAGCUACCUCUGUUUCUCACAAACAGGUUUUGGUCAAAGUUUCAAUCGGCGGACGUUGUUACCUUUCUUGGAACUUUCCUGCCACAACUGAAAAGCAACAAAGUGAGCGAUUCAUUGCUCAUUACCCUUUUCCAGAAUAUCUUUCCUACAAGAGUCAGACGUGGUGCAGGUUGUACUGUGGGAAAUAUAACACUUGGCAUAAUUAACUCUGCAUCAUUCCCAGCCUCUUAUGACAGUUCCCAAUUCUCUUUAUGUUUGGACCCCCCAACAGUACAGAACAACUUGGCAGCUCUAGCCAGUACUGUUCUUGUUCCAAGUUAUCAGCAAGUCGUUUACAACAAUUUAAAGCUGGCAUAUCCCUCUGGAAUUCCCGAAAGUCAGCUCCAGCUUCUUCGCUCUAUCGCACGGCAGGCACCUGUAAGUGACAUCAAUACAUGGAAUGUCACUUCAGCGGAUACUCUGACUGGUUUACUAAAUCCUGCUGAUGGUCCAUGGAAUGCUUCACAGAGUGCAGCCAUAAUUGCAAGGUAUUUAAGUGUUAGCGGCAAUACUCUGGAUUCAACUGCAAUUAAUGCCAUUGGUGGUAAUAAUCUGUGUUCUGCAACUGCCAGUCAGCUUGCAACCAUCAGUUCCACAGUGAUGCAAAGUGUGUCCCCUCCACUGGAUGUUUCAUCAUGUUCAAACACUCAAAAGCAGACUUUGUACAAUAUUUGUAAACAAGGCUUCAGUAGUUCAACAAGUGGGCAACAGCAAUACUAUACAUUGAUAAAAUCCUACCUUGGUGGAGCACCUUUAAAUGAUAUCCUGCAGCUUGCUAAGGAUAACGUUAGCAUGAGUAUCCCAGUCUUUGCAAGUCUUGACUCAGCUGUCUUAAAGCAACUCAACGCAUCAGUUGUUCAAAAUCUUCUUGGUAGCAGCCUUGGUGGCCUGGCAACAUUCCAGAAUACUACAGCCAUCCAAACCUGGAUCCAAAGCAGAACCCAGGCAGAACUGAACAGUCUUGGAAUUGGUUUGACUGGAGGAAGCACAAGCGGCACUGCUAGUCCUACCACUCCAAACAAAGGUUAGUUUUCAUCGUCUUUUGUGCCUU